AAAAAAAACUUUCACAGUAUUUUCUCUUUAGGUAAUAUGUUUUCUAGUAAAUAAUUGUGAAUUCUUACAGGGCCUUUGUUGAAACAGGAUUUGAAUAUACGCAGAAAGGUCCAUUAAAUGAAGAUGAGCUUUUAGCUAUGCGUAAAUUGUCACCUAUUAUACACGCUCACAAAGUAAAAGCCCCCACACUACUUCAAAUCGGUACUAAAGACCUGCGAGUACCCCCUGCUCAAGCUAUAGAAUAUUAUCAUCGCCUCAAAGCAAAUGGCGUACCAGUCAGAAUGAACCUUUAUGAAGACAAUCAUUCACUGUCUCAGGUGCCACAUGAAAUUGACAAUGUAAUUAAUGGUAUAAUAUGGAUUGAUAAAUAUCUGAACCCAACAUAACAUUUUUUAAAGUAUACUAUAUUGUAUUUUAAAUCUUUAUACAUAAGUAACUGCUCAUUAUUUUACGUCAAUAAACAGUUUUAUUUCUACUGAAAACUGAUAUUUUUUCAGUUAAUUGUUUGAUUAUUUUUUUAUUUUCAAUUUCAAGUUUGUAAUUUACUAUAUGGAAGGACUACUACAAUGAACUAUAAACCCCGAUUGGACCAUUUUAAAAUUGAAAGUGAAUUACAUUCGCGUUUACAAUGGGCAAAAGUUAUACAUCGAAGUCUCAGCAACGACUUUAGCAGGCGAUGUAGACCAUAAAUCAAUUCUGUCCUCUGUUCUUAUAUUGUAAGAUAAUUCUUUAGUACUUUUCACAAUAUAAGCAAAAAACAAA